CAGAUUUCAAAAGAAGACGAAUUCUCGUACUUCGCAAAGAGAUUUUAUGGCAAACAGCAGCUGUCACUUCUCAAAAUGUCUGACAUCGAUGACCUACUCAACUACGAUGAAAAUGAACUGGGCGAUGAGGAGGACUUGGUCGCCAAUGAGGAUGAGCUGUUGUUGUCAGACGAGGAGACUAGCCCCACAAAGUCCCCCGCCACGUGGGAGACGCUCAGUGCCGUCUCAUCACAGCCCAGCACGCAACCGGACUACGCGGUCGUCCGGGAGCAGGUGGACAGUAGUACGCACGCCAACGCGGCUCCGGAAGCUGAAGUCACGACCACAGAUGAUCAGCUCGAGGUGUCGGCGGGUGAGUGCCAGUCGCAGAAGAACGGUGAAGUGUCCUCCACGAUAAAGGACGUCGUAGAGAGCGUCCCAGCGCCGCAAAUUGCAGAGUCCUGCACGACAGAGGAGCCGCAGUCGCAGGAGACCAGCGAAUAUCCGUCGUCAGAGACAGGAACGGCCACAGGGACAGAUGAUGUGAUCGAUCUGGACUAUAGCUAUACAGAUGGAGAUAUUGAAGAUUCAGACGAACAGAGUGAGAGGAGGAACCCAAAAACAGCCGCCGAGAGGGAGAAUCUAGCGCUGGAUAGUGAUGAGCAUCAGUUCAGCCAUGGAAGACCAGUGCGAGGUUUCCCGAGGCGCUUGAGGGGCUCUCCGAGUGGCCGUGGCAUCUCUGGACGCUUUCCUCGCGGUCCGCCUGGAUUCCCUCACUAUCGCCAGCCACUGCCGAAUGAGAAUUUCAACCCACAGACGCCGCAAAUAGUGCCGGACUUCCAAUUCCGCGGCGCAGCGCCAGAUCACGGCCCGCCGACGUCAACAGACUUCUGCCCGCCGCCCAUCUCGUCGGGCUACCGGCCGGAAUUCCGCGGCCCACAGCCUUUCGGCAUGCGAGGCCCGUUCGAACCUAAGCCGCCCGGCGGAGCGAUGUUCGGGCCGACGAUGGACAGUCAAUUCCGAGGGCCGCGCGGAAUGGAAUUCGCACCGCGCGGCAAUCGCCACCAAUUCCGGCCGUUCAAUCCGAACGGCGUCAGGCCGUCCUUCAGGCCCAACAUGCCGCGUAUGCCGCCGCGCAUGGACGGCAUGCGGCCGCCAUUCGUUAGCAGUCAGGCGUCGACGUCCUUUCCCGCGCCACCGCGACCGGCGCAGUCAUAUCCGGGGCCGCAGAACCCUAUGGCGAUACAGCAGUCGUCGAAGAUGCCGCGCAAGGUGCUGAUCAACCCGAACUUCAAGGGCGGCGUCGAGGCGGCCACGACGCAACUGAUGAUGGACACGCUGCAGCACCCGCAGUUCAUCAACUCCAUCAGCACCCACGUGUCGCACCUGCACAGCGACGAGGAGCUGCUGCGGCAGCAGGAGGAGUUCAUCAACAAGAACCGCAUGCACAUCGAGAAGCGGCGCCACGAGCGAUCGCCCGAGCGCGACAGAGAGCGCGAUCGCGACUACUCUUCGCCGCCGCCACGGCGCCGCGCGCCGAGCAGAGAGAGGCAGGCCAGGGGCGGCUGGCGCAACAGGAGGGAGUCGCCGGACAGGGGCGCGGAGUGGAGGCGGCGAAGACGAAGUGCGAGUCCGGAGCGGAGUAAGGACGAGAAGAGGGACAAGGCGCCGGAGGAUGAGGACGAAGAGACGCGAGAGUACAGAAUACAGAUUGAGAAGCAGAAGGCGAUGCGAGAGAAGAUUCUGCGCGACAAAGAGAUGCGAAGGCGAAAGGCGGCCGAGGAGAAGGCGAAAGUUGAGCAUCAGCAGCAACAACAGCAGCAAGUGGUGGAGAAGAAGCCUCUUGAGCCUGCGCCGGCGCCACAGAAACUCACGCCUCUGGUCGUGACGGAGAGCAAAAUCAUCUCGCUGAAGCGCAAAGCUGAGACAUCCAAUCUCGCGCCUGUGGCCAGUAAACAGGCGGCGAACAGUGGCGAAGAGUUGCCUGACUAUGCGGACGAGGACGAUGGGACACCGUCACCGCCGCCGCCGCGCACACACACGCCGCCACAGCCGCCGACGUCUAGCUCGACGACGCCACAGCGGCGCCUGGUGCUGAAGCCGACUUUGGACAACCAGAAGAUGAGCUACGCAUUCGCGGCGGACUCGACAGAGGCGGCGGCGAAGCCGAAAGGCAUCUUCGAUCGGCUGGAGAAGAAGAUCAGCGUGACUGACGCGGCGAAAAGGAAGAUUCAAAGAAUUGUGAUCAACAAUAUGGACUUGAAGAAGAAAGCAAAACUUUUAUUGUACGGACGUGAGAAAGCUAAAUAAGCAAUCAAAAUGAAUGAGAAAAAGCGGGAAAUGAGACAACUUUUAGGGAUAUUCUUUUCUAUUAUUCUUUUUUCUCUUAUUUGUAUAACAUGUUUUUUUCCUCGCUUUUUUGCUUGACUACCAAACAAAACUCUAGUGCAUUAUAUUAACAUCACCAUCAAUGUUUUCUUUGACUGAUGAUUGAAUUCUGGAAAUUCUUUUUUUAUUAGAAAGGAAAUGAAAAUAGCAUAAAAAUUUGGUAGUUGAACAGAAUUUUUCUUUGUUCUUAAAGUAGAAUUUUUCAUUUAUAGUAAUUAUAUUUUUGCCCAAUGUUUUCUCAAAAAUAGUCAGAGAAUUUGUAGUGAGAAAGAGAAGCAAAAGUGUGUGUAUAAUUUACGAUUAUAGAGGAAAAUGAGAGAGAGAGAGAAAGAGCGUAUUUAGGGCAUUAACUUACGAUUAUAACUUCUAACUUAAGAUUACACAGAGAAAAUGAAGAGUUUUCAAUAAAAGGUCUUACAUAAAAAAAAAUUUUGAUGUGUAACAAAAACACUCAUACAACAAUUACUAUAUUUGUAAACAGUUUUCUUUUUUUUCGUAUGACUAGAAUUAAUGAUUAUAUAGUGAAAAAGAAUAUUUUAUAGUGUUUAAGGCAAGAGAUAUAAUUAUAUUGUAUGGACGAG